AUGGAUAACAUCCAAAAUUUAAUUCCAAAUUCUGAUGGGACCCUGAAAAGGGUCCACACCGAAGUUUCGGACUUCUUGUCUUCGGACGAGGAGUCCAUGGCAUCAAGAACAAAUGUGAAGAAAUCCAAAGUGAUUUCUUCACAAAAUUGGCCAAGGUUUCUUGUCAUCAGUUCUACUGAUGAUGGGGCCGUGAACAAAUUAUCCCCGUUUGCCAUUCAAAAGGCAAUUGUUGGCUUGGCUGGUGAGCCUAAAUCAGUGAAAAAAAUAAAGACUGGACUAUUGGUUGAAUGUUCAACCGAAAAGCACUCAACUUGUCUUCUCAAGUCUACAGUUUUUUGUACCUUAUCAAUUAAGGUAACUCCCCAUACCUCCCUUAACUCGUCUAAGGGAGUGGUCAGAUGCAGGGAUCUGGAAGGAUUUAGUGAGGAUGAGAUAUGCCAAAAUCUAUGUUCGCAGGGUGUUAUUGCUAUGAGGAGGAUAAAGGUUCGUCGGAACAAUGAUUUGUUACCGACGAAUACUUGUAUCCUCACAUUUAACAUCCCUACCCUUCCCCAAUAUGUCAAGGCUGGUUACCUUAGUAUUCCCGUUGAACCCUUUAUUCCAAACCCCUUGCGUUGCUUCAAAUGCCAGAGGUUUGACCAUGGUCAGAACAGAUGUCGUGGGAAACUUACAUGUGGUCGAUGUGGUCUUUUUGACCAUGAUAGCAAGACGUGUACAAACGAUAUACUUUGUCUUAACUGCAAGGGCAACCAUUGUGCAUACUCGCGAGAGUGUCCACGGUGGAAACUGGAAAAACGGGUUCAGCAGGUAAAGGUACAAAAUAAGUUAUCCUUCAUGGAUGCCAGGAGGUUGGUGGAGACAGCAACACCAACAGUGGUUGACAAGUCAUAUGCAGCUGCAGUUGGUGCCAAAGUCGCCACUAAAAGUGUUGCAGUUAACACAGAAUUAACCUGGCAUUGUGAUGAUGCCAAAUACAAAAAACUGUCUGACAUUGAGAAGGCUCAAAAACAGGUGCACAAAGCAUCACAAAAAAAACUAAGUUACUCCCCAGCACAAAGAAAUGGAAACCCAAGUGUCAUUGGAUGUUACAAAUCCACCAAAUAG